AUGACGGCCGACAACUAUGACUCGGACGAUGCCAUGAACCGGUCCCCGCCCCCGAGGCCGCAGACCGUCAAGUACCGCGAGGAAGAGCCCCUCCCACCGUUUGUCUCCGGCGACGACGUCGCAAGCGCCAAGGGAACGCCCAACCGUUCCCGUAAGCCGCACCUGCCGGAAUCCCAGACUCAAACACGUCUUGGUGACUCCGUGCUGAUCAGUUAUCUAGCGCCUGACCUGCAGAUGCAGACGCAGACGGACCUGAAGGCGAACGUGAUAAGACAGUACCACCACUACCUCCACCCCUCCCACCACCGCGCGAACCUCUCCCCCCCGCCUCCAAGACCUGUCAUCACUACCACCUCCGUGUCGCCGAGAGAGUAUCCCAGAUUGCCUUCGAUUCAAGCUCCAGACCGAAGACCUUCCGAAGACCGUCCUGGUUUGUCCCCUCUCAAUGACAUCAAACCGUCCCCCGAAAAGAACUUCUCGCUUCCUUCCCUUCAAUCCUUACAAUCCCCUCCCUCCUCAUGCGCGGCACCUUCUCCAGACUCUGGUAGCAGCAACAGCCGAGUCCUUCCACCUAUCCGGUCUGCCCUUGACGGACUCUCACCCAAUGAGUUUCCACAGGCUCGUGGGUUACCUCCUCUAUACUCAUACCCCGGAUCCGCAUCAUCACGCAAUGAUUCACCCCACGAUCGUCAACUACCUCAAUUCCUUCCCCAGCAAGUCCCUCCGAGUCCGUUUUCGCACUUGUCACCCGUCAGCACUAAGGAUGUCUCCAACAAUCCGUCUCCUGCGUCGACGGCACCAUUUUGGCGGGGGCCACCUCCGCCCCCUCCAUCCGAUUCAACUCAUACGGCAACCCCAUACGACAUGUCACCCAUGACCGCGAAGAGUCCCGCAACGGGCUACCCUACACCCACGGAACAGGUCGGUCCUACCCCGGGGUCCGUGGAUCGGGCCUCGUUUAGCUCGCAACAAUCGGUCAAUGGAGUCCAUGCUACGGGAAGUUACAAAUGCACACACCCAGGAUGUACGGCAGCGCCCUUCCAAACCCAAUAUCUCCUGAACUCCCAUGCCAACGUGCAUUCUCAAGACCGACCCCAUUUUUGUCCCGUAGAAGGUUGUCCAAGAGGCGUAGGCGGCAAAGGAUUCAAGCGCAAGAAUGAAAUGAUGCGCCAUGGCCUGGUGCAUAAUUCACCAGGCUAUGUGUGUCCAUUCUGUCCCGACCAACAGCAUAAAUACCCCCGACCAGAUAAUCUUCAACGACACGUCCGAGUCCACCACGUCGAUAAAAACAAAGAUGACCCCAUACUCCGAGAAGUCCUCGCCCAGCGACCCGUCGGCAGUUCACGAGGCCGACGGCGGAGAAUAAAUUCAUAA